UUGAGCUCCAAGCAUACACUUCCUCCUCCAUCCACACUCCUUCACUCCCUCCUCCCACACCAUGAGCGCUCCUUCAGAACCCCCCGCUGCCUCUGCGGCCGACAAUGCUACAGCUGUCAACAACUCACAGACCACUUCUGACCCGUCAUCUUCGAUCCCAACUGAAGCCCAAGCAUCUCCCGAGACUACUGCUACACCUGCCGAGCCCACUCCGGUCCAGGAACACGAUAUCGAACGAGAGCUCGAGCUGCCAUUGUCCGCCGCCGACGGCCUCAUCCAGAAGCCCUUCCCCCGUCCCCUGGAGUCCGCCCACCCCACGCCGCCGCCCCAGCUCACCCCCGACCAGGACGCGAAAUACAAGGACGUGUUCACUGCCGUGUCCGAAUGGACCUCCGUCCCGACCACGUCCGCCAAAAAUGCCCCCACCGCCCCCCUCACCGACACCGAGCGCAUGUUCCUGACCCGCGAGUGUCUGCUGCGGUACCUGCGCGCGACCAAGUGGAAUGUCGCCGAGUCCGUUGCGCGCCUGCAGCGCACGAUCACCUGGCGCCGGGAGUAUGGGGUCGAGAAACUGACCGCGGACUUUAUCUCCGUUGAGAACGAGACCGGGAAGCAGGUCACCCUGGGCUACGACAUCCACGGCCGGCCGUGUCUCUACCUCCUGCCGUCGAAGCAGAACACGGAGACGAGCGAUCGGCAGAUCCAGCAUCUAGUCUUCAUGCUGGAGCGCGUGAUCGACCUCAUGGGCCCCGACCAGGAGACGCUGGCCCUGAUCGUCAACUUCAAGGAGACCAAGUCGGGUCAGAAUGCCAGCAUCGGCCAGGCCAAGCAAACCCUCAGCUUCCUGCAGAACCACUACCCCGAGCGCAUGGGCCGGGCGUUGGUGAUCAACAUGCCCUUUAUGAUCAUGGGAUUCUUCAAGAUCAUCACCCCGUUCAUUGACCCCCAGACCCGUCAGAAACUCAAGUUCAACGAGGACCUGUGUCUGCACGUCCCUCCCGGCCAACUGAUGAAGUCCAUGGGCGGCGAGGUCGAGUUCCGGUACGAGCACUCGAUCUACUGGCCGACGCUGAACAAGCUCGCCGACCACCGCCGGGCUGCAUACACGGAGCGCUGGAUCCAGGGCGGAAAGCGCAUUGGCGAGUUGGAAAACUACCUGAAGACCGGGACCAGCCCGAGUCUGUCGCAGACUGAGUCGCAACCUGCUGCCUGA